GAUUAAAUGCAGAACAUCUGAAAUCACUCCUGAGCUGGGGGAAGUAAACAAGUGUCUAUUUGCAAGACUUCUACAAAUAUAACAGGGGCCUGUCACAGAGGACAUUUGUAGGAGUCGCCCUGCCAACUCCCCCCGCCCCCCCAACCCAACUCAGAGCUGGUGAUUCUUGAUGUCUGAAGGCAUUUCUUUACAUGUUCUUUGCUUUUAGUUACGAGGAUCCUGACAAGUGCCUGAUUCUCUUCGGCGAUGAUCAGGGAUGUGUGAACAUUCUGCUUUUGGCAUCUGUGGGUGAACUAUUAAGAACCUGGAAGAAACUGCCUAGAGUGAAGAACAUGCCCAGUAUUAGCAUUUAUAAUGCUGCCAUCUCUCCAAAUGUCAACUUUAUCUGCUGGAAAGUCCAUGGGGACUGGGUUACUCAGCUGAACUACUAUGAUUCCAUCAAAGCCGUCAUUUCAAGCUGCAACCACGAGCCUACUGCUCUUGUCAUAGGGUGCACUCUGGCAAAAACAAAUGUCAAGCAAAAGAUGAAAGAGCUCAGGGAUAUUAGAAAAGAUGGCAAAGAAAGAAGAGGCCAAAAGCGUGCAGAAUGUGAUCAAACAGUGUUUUGGAUCCACAAGGGCGUCAAAGCAUUCUCCUUCUGCAGGAGAAAGAACCUGCUGCUGACAGGUGGGAUGGACCGGAUAAUUAGAGUCUGGAAUCCAUAUCUGCCUGGAAAGCCAACAGGUGUCCUGAAAAGCCACACGGCACCAGUGAUCUACAUCCACGUCUCUGUUGAGGACGACAAAAUCUUUUCCAUGUCCACCGACAACACCGUUAAGAUCUGGGACCUGGACACCUACAACUGCUUGUUUUCAGCCUCCUCCAAAGCCAGCGGCAUCAAGGGGGAGCUCAGUGCUUGCCUCUACCUCCCUGGGCCCAGGGCCCUGUGUGUGGCCGCUGAUGCUGCAGCGCUUCUGCACCUCAGGAUGAGCUCUCCCCCAGAGCCUCGCCGGGUAGUUUCCCACAGGGAGCCCGUGGUGCGUUGCCGGUACAGACCCAACCUUCCGCCAGGUGGUCAGCUGCCUCUGAAGCAUCGUACUUCAAAAAGUAGAACUAGGACCCUUAAAGGGGUGGUGAAAGUGUGGGACUUUGAAACAGGAAGGCUGUUGUCUGAAUUCAUUGGAGCUCAUGGCAAUGCUGGAGUCACUUGUCUGACCUUCGACUCCAGUGGAAGAAGGCUCAUUACUGGGGGCAGGGAUGGCUGCCUGAAGAUAUGGAGCUACAACAAUGGGCACUGUCUGCACACCCUGAAACACGAUGAAAAGUCAAGUGAAGUUUGCGAUUGCAUAUACUUGGAAGCAAACCAAAAUAAGUGUAUCAUAGCUGUCGGAUGGGACCAAAGAAUCAAUAUGUAUUUUGAUGUACCACAUGAUUUUCACCACUUCUGGAAGCCACAGCCAUACUGGAAGGAUGACCUGAACCAUGGACAUAAGGAGGACAUUCUCUGUGUGGCUCACUGCCCACCUUUUUUCCUGGCCACCUCCAGCUAUGAUGGGGAGAUUAUCAUUUGGAAUGUCAUCUCAGGCCAUGUAUACUGCAAGCUGAAUACCCCCAGCCCCUCAGAUGGCACAGAAGCAAGAGAAGGCCCAGACCUAAGCGUUUCCUGCCUUGCCUUCCUCAAGACUCGGGCAGCCAAGUCUGAACCAGCCACUGCUGCCCUGCUGGCCAACGGCCCCCAAGGGUCUGUUGUCUUCUGGAGGCUGCUCAGCGGCACCUGUCCUGCUGCAACCUUCGUCCCAUCCAGAAGCAAGGCGCAAGUCAGCAGCCUGGCAGUGGCGGCAGAAGACACACUGGCUUACUUGGCGGAUGAGGAAGGCUUUGUGCACGUCUACCACAUCUCAGAUUAUGGCCUUCGGGGCGUGGAGCCACAGCCCCCCGAGAAUGUGACAUUCUGGCGGGCACAUGUCAGCCUGGUGACAUGCUUGGAGCUGAUAGAAGAUAGGUUUCUGUUGACUGCCUCCUUGGACUGUGCAGCCCAUCUAUGGAGCAUGGAUGGGGAACACAUAGGGACUUUUGGGCAGAGUGACCCCUGGGAUAUUUUCACUCCUGCCUCCUGGAGCCACCCUCGAGUGCCCUGCGAGGUCCUGACAGAUCCCCAGAGUAUGCCAGCUCACCCGGUGCUAGAAGGGGAAGUUCCUGCCAUGAACACAGAAAAAGAGGGAGACAGCACAGUGGAGGAAAAAGCUGGUGCAGAGGUUGGUUCUCACAUGUCCGCUGCUGAUGCUGUAAUUUCAGGCAGAUCUGCACGUAAUGCUGUGUGGCCUAAAAGGGCCAAAGCAGAACCUCGUAACUAUAGGGACAGGUGUGUCUUAGGCCCAUGUCACUGUCCAGGACCAGGAGGACUUCUCAGUCCCUCUGGGAGUGGAAGCCCAGCACUUUCAAGACAGGAAAUAGACACAUGCACAGGUAAAGUGAGCCCGCUGGCAUGUCAGCAGCCCUCCCCCUUGCCAUGCUCUUGUUCUCCAAGCAUGCCCAAGGUUAUAGCGAGACGGUCCCAAGCCUUUAAUUGCUUCUGCUUCUUCUUCCAGCCCCAGAAGACUCCUGGCCCUCCUGGAGAUGCCACCCUUGAAGUUAAAGAGAGCAGAGACCUAGCUCGAUGGCUGCUGCUAGAACAGAACAAGUGUUACCUGCGAGCAUCGGAGCAGGGAUGGCCCAGUAUAUAUCAGACACUCCAGUGCCACCAGAUUGCCUGCGUCCCCCCUCUCGGGGAGAAGCCAAACUUGUCUCUUAUCGGUUCCGAUGUGUUUCAUUCCCAUAUCCUCCCACAGGGGCAAAAAGGCAGUGAAACACCCCAGACAAAAUGCUGACUAGCCAGCGGUCCCCCCGGCUCCCCAGGCUGAGUUCUAGAGACCAGGCUGCUGCUUUCUUCUUUUGGCAGUCUUUCCCUGCUAAUCAAUGAAGCUCUGCCCCACCAUGGGCGGGAGAACAAAGCAGGGAAUGCUUUCAGCCAACAUGAGCUUAUUCCCAGAGCAAUUGGUGCUCAGAUUUAAAUGAGCAAGUCAGACUGAAAGGUUCUCUUCCUGGGAAGUCUGGAAUUCUUGGAGCACAGGAUGCUGACAGCUGUCAAAGGCACACCAAGCAGUGCCAGCAAAACAUGGCACAAAUAUCAAGUGCCUGUCCCUGGGUGUGGUGAGGAUGAGGGGGACUACCAAGGAAGAAUAACUCACUGUUCUCAGUGUGCCCUGUGUGCCAGGCUUCUGAGCUUAGAAGCAUCCUGUUAUCUGUGCUCAAUUACACCCAUCCGGGCAGAUGCUGUUAUGAUCCUAUUACCCCAGCAAAGAAACUGAGGCCAGCCCAGCACCUGGCUAGGAGUGAACAGUUAAGUAAAUGGUGCAAGAACAUCCAGAGCCCAUUCUCCUGAUUUUGAGCAUUGCUGACUCCCAGAGCAGAAGGACUCAAGCUUUGAAAACCAGUCAUCACCUCCUUCUCAAGGUGCCAUCCCAGAGCAGCUAUGGGACAGCCUGAUGCCCUGUGACUGCUCUCCACAGAGCUCUACCACUAUGUUCAGCUCUCACACACUCUUCCAGGGUUGCAGUAGCCUAAGAGAAUCCUCUUGGUAGACAAGAGUCCUCAGAGAAACUAGGCAUUUUGCCCAAAGUCACAUAACUGAUAAAUUACAAACUCAGACCUCAGUUUGACCCUAGUUGUGGGCUCUCCACAACACCUCACCUACACCCUCUCACUUCAUCAUUCUCUGCUUGCAGAAUCAGGAAAUCUUUAGCCAUCCCCCACCCCAACCCUGUGCUUCCCAGGAAUUGCUCUGUGGAACCUGAUCAUUUCUUAGACCACAGUAAGUGGAUGCCAUCCAGGCCAUAUCCUUGUCCCUAGGAUACUAGAUCUGCAAGAAGUGUUCACCACACAGUUGCAGGUUCAGAGGCCUCGAAACCACAUGCCCCGAUGGCUCCAGGUCACCACUGAGAGACUGGACUUUGCGGCAUUCUCUGGGACCCAUCCAUCCACAGAGAGACCACACCAUUCCAACCCAGCCAGAGGAUGAAGUCAACCAGCUGUCGAACAGUUUAAAGUUGGACUUGAUGUGUAACUUUCAUUUUUUAUUUAUUUUUCAUUUAUUAUUAUUAUUAUUUUGCCUCCAGGGUUAUUGCUGGGGCUUGGUGUCUGCACUACGAAGCCACUGUUCCUGGAGGCCAUUUUUCCUAUUUUUGUUGACCUUAUUGUUGUUAAUGCUGUUAUUGUUGUACAGGACAGAGAGAAAUCGAGAGAGGAGGGGAAGAUGGAAAAGGGGAGAGAAAAAUAGACACCUGCAGGCCUGCUUCACCAUUGUGAAGCAACCCCCCUGCAGGUGGGGAGCUGGAGCCUCGAAGUGGGAUCCUUGCUGGUCCUUGUGCUUCAUGCUAUGUGCACUUAACCCACUGAGCUACCACCCAGACCUCUUGAUGUGUAACUUUUAAAGACACGGCCUCCAUUUGCCCUUGUCUUAUCCUGAACCACCCAAACAUUCAGAGCAAGGCUGGCCCUGCCUUCCUCUCCCCCAGCUGUUCCAGUCCCAUCACAGCUGCUCAACUCUAGCUUCUCGUAGUACUGGGGAUUGAACCUGGGGCCUCAGAGCAUUAGACAAAGUCUUUUGUAUCUCCAUUAUGCUAUCUCUGCAGUUCCUCAGUCCCUCUUGACAGAAGACCCCUGGCCAAGCAUAUCAGAACCCCCACUGGGCACUUGUAAGAGCCCCCCACUCUCCACUCCUACCAUCAGAAUGUUCCAGCAACUCGAGGGGAAACACUGCUCUGUUUUCUGGCUAAGUGACCUGAUUUUGCACCCCAAGAUUUUUCUAAUCCAACCAACCAGGAACCACACCUCAGCGCCUCCUACUAGUCCCUGUGGAGAACUUUACAUCAGUAAGAAUUCUUGGCUACCAUGAAGAAACUAAGCUCGACCAGCUCAGGCGGAAUGGAAACCAUGUGAAAAAUCAUGACCAGGAACUUUUUCUUUCCUUCGUUUUAUUGAGACAGAGUUUAAUAUAGCAUGAUGGAUGUUGAAGACAUAGAGCACGGUGACAAACAUGUUGCAGAAUGAUUAACACAAUGAAUCUAGUUAGCAUACAUCACCUCAUAAAGUAAUUUUAAAAGGUGGUUUCUUUUUUCCCCUUUGUGAUAAAACCUGUCAGACUUACUCUCUUGGCAGUUUUCAAAGACACCAUACAGCACCGUUGGUUUUGUUUCCUGUUAAUUCUUCCUGAAGCAGCACUGCACUAUCUAAGCUUUGGGUGCACAGCGUUAAGAACCAUCUGUGUGUACGGCAGUAAAUUUGCCACUAAACUUCCACUUCACUCCUGCACCAUGUAAUCGACCAAGUUGCUAACCCACUUCCCCCUCUGCCCUUCAUGUAACUACAGUUUCAAUGUUUAUUUUAGUGAUUUAAAGUUUUGCUGUUUUCAAAUGUA